UAGCAACUGUAUUUAACAACCAGCGGCUCUGUGGGAGGAACGUGGGAGGAACGUGUGUACGUGCAUGUGCACGGUAAAGUUUACCGGUUGUUGACUAACUUUGGCCGGCGAAGAAGUAACCAGCUGUAAAUAAGGGAAACAUCUGCUUUCAUAACCCAUCAAUAGUAUAAAAAAAUCAUCGAUGGACCCAGUUUCAGACAGCAGAGCCAGCAUGCCUCCUGAAGUGCUUGUGGUUGAGAAGGUCAAUCAUCACAGUAUUGAGCUGAGCUGGGAAGCAGUGCAGGAGGACCGCAGUGGCCCCUCUGAAAGGUGGACUAGCUUUGCUCUGGAGCAGAUGGAUCCCAAAACAAACACAUAUGGCACCAUAUAUUUAGGAUACGGCACUCGUCAUAUUGCGGAGGAUUUAGACCCAUGUUCAUCAUAUCAGUUCAGACUGAGAAUUAGCAGACCAAACGAAGAGUGCUGUCUCACCCCGUCUAUCUCAGCCUCCACAUCUAAUGAGCCAAUGUAUGGCAGAGAUCUACACCAAGCUGUAAACUGCAAUGAUGAAGAGGAGCUGAACAGAGUGUUGCAGUCAGGGACAGUAAACUUGAAUGUUUGUGACAGAUACAGAUUCACACCACUCAUGUAUGCUUCACAGAAAGGUUUUAUCAGGAUGGUCCAAAAACUGGUAGAACAUGGUGCUGAUAUUCACAUGAAGAAUGGUAGUGGUAAAGACGCUCUGAUGCUGGCCUGUUUUUCUGGUUAUUUGGAUAUUGUAAAGCAUCUGCGCAAGUCUGGGGCCUCGUGGGAGUCUCAGGACAUGAGUGGCUGCACUCCACUCCACUGGGCAGUAGACGGGGGCAACCUUUCUGUCAUAGCCUAUAUGAUUGAGGAUGGCUGUGAGCUGGAUGUGCGGGACACUGUGUCUCAGUGUACUCCCCUCAUGAGAGUAUCAGCAUUGAGCGGAAACACUGCCGUGGCUUCCAUGCUAAUCCAAGCUGGAGCUGAUGUCAACGUCCAAGAUAAAGAUGGAAAGACGCCACUUAUGUUAGCUGUGGUGAACCACCAUGAACAGCUGGUGAAGCUCCUACUAGAUAGUGGCGCUGACCGGAAUGUGAAAAAUGAGUUUGGAUCAAGUUUAUUAGAAAUGGCCAAAGCUUCUGGAAAAAAGAAUAUCAUCAACUUGUUGGAGGGAAGGCAGAUUGUUUAGAUUUGGCAU